UCCUUCCUAUCCAACCCGCGCCGCCGCCGCCUCUGCUGCCGAGAGCGAUGGCCACCACCCCCGCCGCCGCGGCCGCGGCCGGGACCGUCUCGUCGUUCGCCUCGCCGUCGUCCUUCUCCUCCGUCAAGGCAUCGAAGACCGACCGCCUCCGUCCGGCGAGGAGGGCGGCCGUCCGAGUCCGCUGCGUCAGCAGCCCUCCGGCUACCGAUACAUCUUUCAAGACGAAGGUGCCGCGCAAUGCCAAUAUGGCCAAGCUCCAAGCAGGCUAUCUGUUUCCUGAGAUUGCCAGGAGAAGAACAGCUCAUCUGCUGAAGUAUCCUGAUGCGAAGAUUAUAAGCCUUGGGAUCGGUGACACUACAGAGCCCAUUCCAGACGUUAUAACUAAUGCCAUGGCAGAGAGAGCACAUGCUUUAUCCACAGUUGAUGGUUAUAGCGGUUAUGGAGCUGAACAGGGUGAAAAGAAACUAAGGGCGGCUAUUGCUGCAACCUACUAUGCAGAUCUUGGUAUUGAAGAGACGGAUAUAUUUGUCUCUGAUGGUGCGAAAUGUGACAUUUCUCGUCUGCAGGUUCUCUUUGGAUCUAAUGUGAAGAUUGCAGUUCAAGACCCAUCAUAUCCUGCGUAUGUUGAUUCAAGUGUUAUCAUGGGGCAAACUGGCUUAUAUCAGGAGGAUGUUCAGAAGUAUGGAAAUAUCGAAUACAUGAGAUGCAGCCCUGAAAAUGGAUUUUUCCCUGAUCUGUCAAGUGUUCCACAAACAGAUAUAAUCUUCUUCUGUUCACCCAACAAUCCUACCGGUGCUGCUGCAACACAGGAUCAGUUAACAAAACUAGUCAAAUUUGCGAAGGACAAUGGAUCCAUCAUAGUCUAUGAUUCUGCCUAUGCUAUGUACAUAUCAGAUGACAGCCCAAAAUCAAUCUUUGAGAUUCCUGGAGCAAAGGAGGUUGCUAUUGAAACAGCAUCUUUCUCCAAAUAUGCUGGAUUCACUGGUGUGCGUUUGGGUUGGACUGUGGUUCCUAAGGAGCUCCUUUUCUCAGAUGGGCAUCCAGUUGCUAAAGAUUUCAACCGCAUAGUCUGCACUUGCUUUAAUGGUGCAUCAAACAUUUCUCAAGCCGGUGGUUUAGGUUGCCUAUCUCCAGAGGGUCUAAAGGCCAUGAGUGACGUUGUUGGCUUCUACAAGGAAAAUACUAAAAUUAUCGUAGAUACAUUUACAUCACUUGGAUUCAACGUCUACGGAGGUGAUAAUGCUCCAUAUGUGUGGGUCCACUUCCCUGGCCGUAAUUCUUGGGAUGUAUUUGCUGAAAUCCUUGAGAAGGCGCAUGUGGUUACUACUCCUGGAAGUGGAUUUGGACCUGGUGGGGAAGGCUUUGUAAGGGUCAGCGCAUUUGGGCACAGAGAGAACAUAAUUGAGGCUGCAAGACGACUGAAGGAGCUGUACAAGUGAGCAGUGGCGCAGGGCCUUUAUAUUCUCCAUCCCUGGAGAAUCCAUAUCAAUAAAACCCAGCAGAACUGGAAUACAAAAUUUACUCUGUUGGUUUAUCAGUAGAUCUUAGAACUGAAACUUACAGUUUGGAUAUUCAGAACUUCGCUUGUUCA